AUGCCCGACGUCGCCUAUGGGACACCUGUGGCCGACACGGGGCCUGUGCCGCUCGGAACGCCCGUCUACCCGCCACCCCCUGUCUCACCAGCGGCAGCGGCGCCGGCCGUCAACCAGCACGCCUUUGGUGGUCGCGACGACUAUUCACGCCCUUUGCCGAUGCGUGUUGGAGGCUGCGGCGUCAAGAGGCAUAUUGGAGGCCGCGUCUUGCUCCCCGACUGGCUCCACGUCUCGGGUUGCUGUAGCUUGUGCCCGCCGUACUUUUGCUGCUCGUCGCUCACGCUGCUCGUCUCGCCCGACCGGCCCGCCUCCGCCGCGCCACCGGCGCGCGUGCUGCUGCUCGACCUCGGCCAGCCCCACGGCGCACCAAGCAGCCUCGGGCUCCUCUGA